CUUGACACUUGACGAGAGACUGAGAUCGCACGUAUCCCUAUGCCCAUAAGGUGACCCUUUAGAGCGGGUGGAUAUGUCCACUUUAGGCCUUUUCUCCUUGGUCUUUAUUGCGUUUUCCGUUGUUGCACAAGGAAAACAUGUCACCUACACGCAGCCGCAACAAGUCCACCUUUCCUAUGGAGCAUCACCGGCCGAGGUGAUGGUCACGUGGGUAACUUUCAGUCCCACGAAUGUAUCUACGGUGGAAUACGGACCCUGGGUGUUCGAGCAAAGGGUUAGAGGAACUGUGACCGAGUUCAAGGUAGCAAGGAGGACCCUCUUCGUUCAUCGGGUACUGCUCACUAAACUGGUUCCUGGAACGUAUUAUCACUAUCAUUGUGGUAGUUCGGACGGAUGGAGCGCACACUAUGUGUUCCACACAUUGCCGUUGGGACCGAGGCCGCCGAAGGUCGCCGUCUUCGGGGACAUGGGAAACGCCAAUGCUCGUUCGCUAGGUUACCUUCAGGAGCAGGUGCAGGCAGGCGACAUUGACGUUGCUCUGCAUAUCGGUGACUUUGCCUACGACAUGGAUUCCGACGAAGGAAGAGUUGGAGACGAGUUCAUGCGUCAGAUUGAGACCAUCGCAGCGUACGUACCCUACAUGACGUGCGUAGGAAACCACGAAGAGGCCGAAAAUUUCACCCACUAUGACAAGCGUUUCUCGAUGAUGGACCAGGACGGGAACGCCAACAACUUCUUCUACAGCUUUGAUGUGGGACCCGCCCACAUCAUCGAGCUAUCCAGCGAGUUCUACUUCUUCUUGGAAUACGGAUGGAGACAGGCAGCGUCGCAGUACGACUGGCUCGUCAAAGAUCUCAAGAAAGCGAACCUUCCAGAGAAUAGGAAACAGAGGCCGUGGAUCAUCGUGGCGGCUCAUCGGCCCAUGUAUUGCACCGGCUUUUUCGACAGAGAUUGCAGUAACAGCAACAGUGUGAUGCGCAAGGGGUUCCCACUGUCUCACGCAUUUGGCUUGGAAGACUUGCUGUACGAAAACGGCGUGGAUCUCUACUUUGCCGGGCACCAACAUUCCUACGAGAGACUUUGGCCAACGUACAAUAACAAGGUGUACAACGGAAGUUACGAACAGCCCUACGUCAAUCCGAGGGCAACCGUUCACGUCGUCACAGGAGCAGCCGGAUGUGAUGAAGGCUUGUCCCCCUUCAUGGAGAUACCUCAAGCGUGGAGUGCUAAGCGAAUCCUGGACUACGGCUACAUGUCCAUGACACUAUUGAAUGGCACACACGUUGCGCUCGAGCAAAUAUCAACGAGCAACCCUGGUCAAGUGGUCGACGCUGUCACACUCGUCAAAGACGGCCCUUAUCCAGCUUGGUAUCAACGUGAGGACGGCAAUCAAGUCAACAUCCCUACUAAGCAAAAUUAUUGGAGAAGCAGUUGAAGAAAAGAGAAAAGCUCAGUGAGACAAAGAAAAUAAAUUUUGUAUCAGCUA